GUCGUCCGGUUAACGUUGCGGUCCAGCGUUGGACGAUAGACCGCGCGCGCGACUUUGAUUUGUGUUCGGUGUGUCUGUGCUCUAUGCGUGUGCGUGAGUGUCUGCAAUUGUCUGUGUAACUGCCAGAGGAAAAUCAAGACAUGUCGUCUUUUAAUGGAGUGCAUCAAUAAUUUCAUUAUAGUUCUCUUGGAGGCUUCGUUUGAAAUAUGAUAUUUCGCUGAUGCCCGUUCGAUUCAUCGGUCUUGUGUCCAAUAGUCAUUGCUCGCAUUGAAACUCGGGGAGGUUCGCGCUUAUCUCCGUUUCGAUACGAUGGAGCAGCUCGUAGAUGCGACUGUGACAAAGAAGACGACGACGACGACGACGACAACGACGACUACGAGAGCCAAGACGACAUCGAAGAAAACGUCAACAACGAGGAGCGAUUCGUGCACGCGGCUACAGCGAGGCUGCUAUUCGAUCACGGUGGACGUUUGACGCCCGGCGUUCCAAGCUCCGAGCGCGAAAAAAGGACUCGACUCGAUGCCAGCCUGUGCAAGAGAAGCUGGAAUAAAGUCGUUGGAGGCUUGAAGGAACAUUUUGCCAAACAGAGGAAGAGUGAAAAAAAAUGAGCGCCGAGGAGAGAACAGCUCCUCGACUAUUGGAACGUGAAUCGUCGACAAUCAAGGUCAGCGGCGCAUAAGCCUCUACUUGCAACUACUAAGCGUGCACUUAGCCACACACGAGUGCGUACGAAAUCAGUGAGUGCUUGAUUUUGUGCGCGAACACGCGUGAUUGAAGACACGAGAGAGGGAAACGAAAGACCGAUAUCGAUGCUACCGAGUAACGAAUAGUCAACUAUUCUCAUCAAGUUUCUACUUAUUCAACGUAUUGUUUAAAUAAAAAUAUAAAAGUGUUCAAUGGCGACGCCACCAGAUUCGCCGGGCCCCGAGGAGGCCCUGUUCGAAUUUGAAAGCGCCCGAGCUCGUCACCAGACGACCAGGCCAGUGGCGCUCGAGGAGCUCCUUAGGCAGACCAAGUUCUCUAGACAAGAAAUCAGAGUCAUGUAUCGAGGAUUCAAGCAGGAGUGUCCAGAGGGAGUCGUGCACGAAGAUUCCUUCAAGGACAUCUACGCCAAGUACUUUCCACACGGCAAUUCCAGCAUCUAUGCUCACUAUGUGUUCAAAGCAUUCGACGUUAACUGUAGUGGUGCCAUCAGUUUUAGGGACCUUCUGGUAACGCUAUCCACUCUAUUGCGGGGGAGCAUCUAUGAAAAGCUCCGCUGGACGUUCAAGCUGUACGACAUCAACGGCGAUGGUUGCAUAUCGAAGGGCGAACUCGGUGAGAUCAUAAGCUCAGUGCACGAGCUCAUGGGCCGAAAGCACCGCGAGACCGAGGAGCGACAGGCCCGCGAACAGCUCGAAAAAGUCUUCCGGAAACUCGACCUCAAUCAGGACGGAGUCAUCACCAUCGAAGAAUUCAUGGAGAGCUGCCUCAAGGAUGAAGUCAUAACGCGAUCUCUGCAAAUGUUCGACAGCGAUCUCUGAUCUCCAGAGGACGGGAUGGCCGCGAACUUGAGCGGCCGUCCC